AUGAGGAAAUUUGCAGACAAGUUCCGCAUCUGGACACCCGGCGCCAAGCGCGCACGUCACGGGCAGCAGAUCAAACUCGAUGACCGCUUCAUCCUUGUGAACCCUCGGACCCCCUCACCCGUGGUCGAGACCCCCAAACCUCCCCAACCUCCGAUCCUGCGGAUUCCACCUCCCGUCUUGGCCGAGAUCUUUGCGAUUGUCGGGGCCAUGUCGCCUUCUUGGGAUUGCCGGCUUGACUGCGGUGUAGAGUCCUGCAGACAUCCCUCAAAGCCUUGGACGGGCAUGGCGUGGGUAUAUCUCAUGCUCGUCUGUAGCUCGUGGCGAAAGGCUGGGGCGGACUCUCCCGAACUGUGGAGGAGGAUCAGCAUCCACCUCGACAAGGACACCCUCCAGUACCGCCUUGCACGGGCAGCGCCAAGUACCGUGGACAUCAUCCUCUCUUUCGACCCCAAGGUCAACCUUUCCCAUUGUGCUAUGCUCCUCGCCGAGGCAUCACGGAUCCGUUCCAUACAAGCACCACCCCAUUCAUCACUGAAGGCAUUUUCUUCUAUCGCACCUCUGCUCUGUGACGUUACCCUGCCAGAGCUCAAGGCGUUGGAGAUCUGGCUGCCGUACUGGUACUGGGACCAACAAGAAGUUGGAGAUGAAGUCGAGGACGGAGACAGAGACGCGGAGGAAGAGGAAUCGUUCUACAACCCGUUCCUUCUAGAAGAUUCCGCUGAUCUCCACCCCAAGCUCAGCGAAGUCCUCAUCACUGGCAUCGCUCUGCCCAUGCGGGCCGAAUGGUGGAAAAGACUCCGCUUCCUUUACAUAGAACACCCCCUCUCCCCGUCCAAGCACGGCUCCCGAGCAUCGGAUCUGGCGUUACGUUUGACCUUCGCUGAGAGACUUGUUCGACUUGUGAUCAAUGCCCAGCCAGGAGCCGAAUCACUUCUCAACCCCACGGUCCCCCCGGCCUCAUGGACGCCAGAAGCGUUCUCGCUAUAUAUGUUGCGGGAUCUGCGGAUCAAGGCCACACACGAAUACACCAGCACGCUCUUGAAAUACCUCCGGACGCCUCGCAUCAAGGCGCUUGUCCUCGAGACAUCGGAGUACGACACCAAGGUCGUUGACUCGAAGGAGACGAUGAACGAUUACCUCCUCGACUCGGACCUGUCCAUCCGCAGACGAAUACUCUCCCGGAUGUCUAAGCUCUUCGUUGGUGGCUACCAGAUCGACGAGGACACGAAUGUGGUCUAUCUAUCCGAUGCGUUCAUCCAGUACCCUUUCGGAUCAACCAUCGUGGAUUCUGAUCAACGCUUUGGCCUCAGCGUCCAUGUGCACUCGGAGGCGAACACCGGACGGGACGGGACUGGGCUGGACACGAUCCUCGGCGCAAUACCGAAUCUGUUUAUGAAGCUCAUUAUCCGGCACUGUGAUCAUUGCGAUCGCGAAGAGGAAGAGGAAGAGGAGCGGGCGAAGUCCUGCGCGCCGCCCGACGAAGAUGUGGAGAUGAGGGACGCUACCACCACCGACGACGACGACGACGGAGAGCUACCAGAGCCAACCAUGGCGUUUAAGCUGGAGGAAGAGCUCGCCGAGCUCGGGUUCUUCGAAGAUGGCCUCUUCGCCGACAUGAUGGACGACGAGGUAGAAGAGGCGCGUUCCGUCAUCGACGUGUCGGACGACGAAUCAUCGGGCGACGAGAUCCAGAUCACGGCGUCGCAUCCGAACCACGGAGACCAUCGGGUCUCCUCGGAGGUGAACAAGAAGAUCACCGAGCUCUUUGUUCUAUGGCCCCCCGUGCUCCGGUACUCGAAAAUCCCACCCGCGCAGCGCCUCGUCGAGGCAGCCGAGGAGGGCCCCGGCCACCACUGCCUGCGGCCGGUGGACCCGUACGACCCGGCGACGAACCCGUGGCCCGACAUCUUCAGCGAGCUCUCCGUGCUGCGGUCUAUCACCCUCGACUGCGCGCAAUACGACGGCGACGCGCUCGUACCCCUCGAGAACGUCUUCUACGGCCUCAUCGACAACCUGCUCUACCCGAACAUCUUUCACGCCCACGCGCUGGCGGAGAUCAGAGUGGUCGCCGCAAUCUCGCACGACUCGGCGAACAUGCACGCCAUCCUCUGCGUCCUCGAAGAAGCGCUCGCCACGCGCGCGGAGGAGGGCCUGCCCCCGCUCGAGAAGCUGGAGCUCCUGUGGCUCUGCAUAGAGCCGAGCCCGAGGGCCUUCUCGCUCGGGCACACGAAGCUGCUGAGCAUGCGCGCGCAUCGGUUCCAUUUGCGGGAAAUUAUCGACAGGUUCACACCAAAAAAGUGGAAGAUCCUGUGUAAGGCCCCGGACGGCUCCGGCGAGGAUCUGGACGCGCUUUUCGAGGACCGGCCCACGCGGGACGGCGCUGCGGAGACGACGGAGGAGGGCCAGUCUUUCCCGGACUUGAUCUUCAAGAUGUACUGGCGGGCGUGCAUGGAGGGGGUGCGCAUGCGGAAGCAGGCAGAGUAG